AUGGCGCAGCAGCAGCAGCAGUGGAUGCUGAUGUAUCAGCAGUACCUACAGCAGCAGGUCAUGGGGCAGAUGCAGUCGCUGCUUCACCAGAGCCAGCAGUCUCAGCAGGAGGGCAUGACCUCCAUGAUUAAGCAGAUGCUCAACUCAAUGCAGCAGCACGGCGGCCCCCCGCCGCCCGGCGGCGCCCCUGCCGUGGGCCCCGGCGCGUCUCCCAGCCCCGGCGGCCCCGCAGUUGGCGGGGUGGCCCCGCCACACCUGCAGGCGGCCCCGCAGCCCGACGCGGCGGCGGCAGCCGCGGCAGCUUACCCAUCUCAGCAGCACGCGGGGCAGCCGGGGGCGCCUGGCGCGGCGCCGCCGCAGCACCGCCAGCCGCCGCAGCAGCAACAGCAACAGCAGCACCAGCACCAGCAGCCGCAGCAGCAGCAGCGCCAGGGGCAGAAGCAGCAGCACCAGCAGCAGCAGGCGCAUCAUGGGCUGCCAGAUCACCUUUAUGAUGACGAGGCGCCGCCAGCUGGCUUCGGCCCCCCCGUCCCCGGCGCCGUGCCGCGCGGCGGCGGCGGCGGUGUUGCCACGGGCGCGCCACCGGCGCUGGGGCCAGGGGCGGCCUCCGCGGCUGCUGUCGCAGACGAGGGGGUCCCGCCCGGCUUUGUGCGCGGCGGCCGAGGCAGCGGCGGCGGCGCGCCGGGGGCGGCGGGGCCGGCUGGCUUUGGCGGGCCGGGAUACCCUGCGGGUGGGAGGGGGCCGCCUGCAGGCGGACACGGCGCGGCUGGGCCGCCGCCGCCCGUGCAGCACCAGCAGCAGCAGGUCCACCAGCAGCAGCACCAGCAGCAGCAGCACCAGCAGCAGCAACCGCGCCAGCAACAGCAGCAACAGCAGCGACAGCUGCUGCCACAGCACCACCAGCCGCAGCCGCCGCCGCACCAGCAGCAGCAGGCGGCCCCACACCAGCACCUGCAGGCGCCUCCGCAGCAGCCGCCGCCUCAGCAGCCGCAGCAGCCGCGGCAGCAGCAGCGGGUGUUGGUUCCUGUGCCGGCCGCGUACGGCUACUCAGCGGCUGGCUGCGGCCGCGGCGGCGUGGGCCCGUCGGCGGGACGGGGGGGCCCGCUUCCGCAACAGCAGCAGCAGCAGCAACAGCAGCCCCCUGGGCCUGGGGGCAGGGGCCCCGGCGGCCUUGGAGCGGGCGGGGGCCGUGGUGGCGGUCCAUCUGACGGCUGGCCGCGUGGCAAGGACCAGUUUGCUGCGCCGUCGCACGCCGGCCCAGCGCGCGGCGGCGCGGCGGGGCCUCAGCCCCCGCCCCAGGCGCACCAUCCGCAGCAGCAGCAACACCAGCAGCAGCAGCAGCAGCAGCAGCAGCAGCCCGCGCUGCGCGGGGCAGCGGCGGGCGCCCGCAGCGCCGGCGGGGGCGCUGGCGCGCCGCCGCCGCAGCCGGCGUCGCCGGCCCGCGCCGGCGCUGUGCGCAAGGUGCCCGCGCCGAUCGGUGCGCAGGGCACUGCUCUGCUGUCGCGGGCGCUUGCAAGCCUGAAGGAACCGCUCUCGCCGCCGGCCGCGGCCCACGGCGCGCACGGCGGGCCCCGCGCCGCCGCGGCGCAGCCGGCGCCCAAGGGGCCGCAGCACCCGCCGCAGCAGCAGCCACAGCAGCAGCAGCAGGCGGCGGCGGCGGCAGCGGGCGCGCAGGGCGAGGGCAAGCGGGCGAAGAAGGCUGCUGCUGCUGCGGCGGCGGCGACGGCGGCGGCACCGCCGCCCAGCAAUGCCAAGGACAGAGGCGCCCCCGCGCCGGCGGCGGGCGCAGCCAGCAGCGCCAAGAAAGCGGAUGAUAAGAAAGGGGCAGACGCGAAGACAAAGGACAGGGAAGGCAAGGACAAGGCCACCGCGGCCGCGGCGUCCGGCAAGGAGAAAGACGGGAAGGAGAAAGGCAAGGGGGCGAAGCAAGCGGCUGCCGCCACGGGCGCCAGCGCGUCCGUGGCCGCGGCCGGCAACAAAGAGAAGGCGCCGGCCACCAAGGCGGCGGCGGCGCCGGCGCUGCGCCUGGCGCCGCGGCGCCAGGGGCGCCCGCGGCGGCGCCGCCGGCCAGGGCGGCCGGCGGCGACGGCGGCGGCGGCGGCGGCGGUGGCGGGAUCGCACCGGAGGUGA